AAUAACAAAAAUAAGAUUGAGACAUUUAUGAAUUCCAUUAUUGAGUUUCCCUUAGUUGAUCGAACAACCCAAAAUUCAGUCAUUUCAACUACAUCAAGCGACCUUUCAAAUUGGUCAAGACUCUCCAGUUUAUGGCCGCUUCUCUAUGGUACCAGUUGUUGCUUUAUUGAAUUUGCUUCAUUAAUAGGUUCAUGAUUUGACUUUGAUCGUUAUGGACUGGUGCCAAGAUCGAGUCCAAGACAGGCAAACCUAAUUUUAACAGCGGGUACAGUAAAAAUGAAAAUGGCUCCUUCUUUAGUGAGAUUAUAUGAACAAAUGCCGGAACCAAAAUAUGUUAUUGCUAUGGGAGCCUGUAGAAUAACAGGGGGGAUGUUCAGUACUGAUUCGUAUAGUACUGUUCGGGGGGUCGAUAAGCUAAUUCUUGUGGAUGUUUAUUUGCCCGGAUGUCCUCCUAAACCGGAGGCAGUUAUAGAUGCUAUAACAAAACUUUGGAAGAAAAUAUCUCGAGAAAUCUAUGAAGAUCGAAUUCGAUCUCAAUAGGAGAAUCGGUGUUUUACUACCAGCCACAAGUUUCGUGUUAGACGCAGUACUCAUACUGCAAGUUAUAAUCAAGGAUUACUGUACCAACCACCAUCUACUUCAGAGAUCCCGACUGAAAGAUUUUUCAAAUACAAAAGUUCAGUAUCUUUCCACGAAUUAGUGAAUUAACGAAGAUCUUUUUGUACAGAAUAAUAAACAGCGAAUCAAUCUUAAGAAAUUUUAUCGUACAUGUGAAAUAUUUAUUACUUAAUAAUACGUAUAUAAAUAAAAAAACAAAAAAUGCGGGAGAGAGAAAAAAGAUGCAGGGUCGUUUGUCUGUUUGGUUAAUCAAACAUGGGCUAGUUCAUAGAUCUUUGGGUUUCGAUUACCAAGGAAUAGAGACUUUACAAAUAAAGCCCGAGGAUUGGCAUUCCAUUGCUGUCAUUUUAUAUGUAUAUGGUUACAAUUAUCUACGUUCCCAAUGUGCCUAUGAUGUAGCACCGGGCGGACUGUUAGCUAGUGUAUAUCAUCUUACGAGAAUAGAGUAUGCUAUAGAUCAACCGGAAGAAGUAUGCAUAAACGUAUUUGUUCCAAGGCAGAAUCCUAGAAUUCAGUCUGUUUUUUGGGUUUGGAAAAGCGCGGAUUUUCAAGAAAGAGAAUCUUAUGAUAUGUUGGGAAUCUAUUAUGAUAAUCAUCCACGUCUGAAACGUAUCUUCAUGCCCGAAAGUUGGAUAGGAUGGCUUUUACGUAAGGAUUAUAUUGCUCCUAAUUUUUAUGAAAUACAAGAUGCUCAUUGA